CCACCUUAUAUUUCAUCAAGCAUCCCUUUCCUGGGACAUGCAAUUGCAUUUGGAAAAAGUCCCAUUGAAUUUUUGGAAAAUGCUUAUGACAAGUAUGGACCUGUAUUCAGUUUCACUAUGGUUGGCAAGACAUUCACAUAUUUACUGGGCAGUGAUGCUGCUGCUCUACUCUUCAAUAGUAAAAAUGAAGAUUUAAAUGCAGAGGAUGUAUACUCUCGAUUAACUACACCUGUUUUUGGCAAAGGAGUUGCUUAUGAUGUCCCUAAUAUGGUAUUUUUGGAACAGAAGAAGAUGCUCAAAACUGGGCUAAAUAUUGCUCAGUUUAAACAGCAUGUAUCUGUGAUUGAAGAAGAAACAAAGGAGUAUUUCAAAGCAUGGGGAGAGAGUGGAGAAAAAAACCUUUUUGAAGCCCUUUCAGAACUCAUCAUUUUGACAGCAAGUCAUUGCUUACAUGGCAAAGAAAUCAGAAGCUUGCUGAACGAGAAGGUGGCUCAGCUGUACGCUGAUUUGGAUGGGGGUUUUACUCAUGCUGCCUGGCUUCUGCCAGGUUGGCUGCCUCUGCCAAGCUUCAGACGCCGAGAUAGAGCACACAGAGAAAUAAAGAACAUUUUCUACAAGGUUAUCCAGAAACGUCGGAAGUCUGAGGAAAAGGAGGAUGACAUGCUGCAAACUCUACUCGAUGCUUCAUACAAGGAUGGCCGCCCACUGACGGAUGAUGAAAUUGCAGGGAUGCUGAUCGGGUUGCUGCUGGCAGGGCAGCACACGUCCUCCACCACCAGUGCCUGGCUCGGCUUCUUCAUUGCCAGGGACAAGCCCAUCCAGGAACAGUGCUAUGCAGAACAAAAAGCAGUUUGUGGGGAUGAUCUGCCACCAUUGACUUAUGACCAGCUCAAGGAUCUCAGUUUGCUGGAUCGCUGUCUAAAAGAAACUUUAAGGCUUAGACCUCCUAUAAUGACCAUGAUGAGAAUGGCAAGAACUCCCCAGACUGUUGCUGGAUACAGUAUUCCCCCUGGCCACCAGGUCUGUGUAUCUCCCACUGUUAACCACAGACUCAGGGACUCUUGGAAAGAUGCUCUAGACUUCAAGCCUGACCGAUAUCUCCAAGAUAACCCAGCAGCUGGAGAGAAAUUUGCAUACGUUCCAUUUGGUGCUGGCCGUCAUCGCUGCAUUGGAGAAAACUUUGCUUAUGUUCAGAUUAAGACUAUUUGGUCAACUUUGCUUCGUUUGUAUGAAUUUGAUCUCAUCAAUGACUAUUUUCCAACUAUAAAUUAUACAACAAUGAUACACACACCUAAUAACCCCAUUAUCAGAUACAAGAGGAGGUCACUGUAAAUUCUGAAGCUAAAAACCUUACUUAAUAUGUGUAAUCUAACAGACUUUUGAAUAAAACUGUGACAAAAUGAGUGGCAGAAGGAAGCUGUUGCAUCCACUGUUAGGAAAGCAACAAUAAUCUACCAGAUGCAAAGAGUUUGCAUCUAUUUUGUUUGUUUGGCCCACACCAUCCAAUGGUGCUGUGUAAAAGUGCUUGUUGUACAAAUUUCUCAUUGCAUUUUUAAAAUAAA